ACAGCGUUAGCGGUCUAAAUCAAAAAUCAAAACAUUGUCAUUCAUAACAUUGUUUUUCUUGUAAUUGUAUCAACGUAUUAUGUAGACAUUUUCAUAAAUAUAAACAUAGGAUAAGAUAAAAAAUCAAGGUCAAUCGUUUAGUUCAAAUUCUUAUAUUCUUGGCUGUGAAUAAAAUUCACAACGCAUGCACGUGUGUACAUAUCGGAAGAUUUUCAUAAUUGAUAUUUAGUCAGGAUGUCUUUAAAAACUCUCUUACUAAGAAAUUUAAUUAGACACAGUAAGAUCACUAACUUUGCACCCAUUCUUAUUCAGAGACAAUCGUAUAAUAAAAAUGAACGACAUUAUUGGACCUCAAGCAGAAAUACAGCUGUUGCAUUACUAGCUUCUGUUGUAAUAGGCUCUGCGGUAAAAGAUCAAGAAAAUGUAAAUAAAAAGGGAAAUGUCGAAGCAGGAGAGAAACGAUCAGAUUUGCCGACAUUUACAGCUGAAGAAGUCAGCAAACAUGAUAGCAAAAAAAGUUUUUGGGUAAUAUACAAGCAUGGCGUGUAUGAUGUGACAUCUUUUCUGCCAUCACACCCUGGUGGAGAGCAAAUCUUUAACGCUGGAGGCCUUAGCAUAGAGCCAUUCUGGAAUGUAUAUGGCAUGCAUAAGACAAAGGAAAUAUUUGAACUACUAGAAUCUUAUAGAAUAGGCAACCUUCAUGAUGACGAUGUGGUAGAUCACAGUGAUGACGAGUUUUGGGCGAAGGAACCCUAUCGAGACAAAAGGCUCAUUGUCAAAACUGCAAAGCCAUUCAAUGCGGAAAUACCUCCUAAACUACAAGUGGAACAUUUCAAUACACCAAAUGAAUUAUUCUACGUCCGUCAACACAUGCCCGUUCCAGACAUCAACGAAAAUGAACACAAAUUAACCGUGACUAUAGUCGGAAAAACCACCAAAGUAAAGGAGUUCACAUUAAAAGAUUUGAGAAAAUUCAAGCCAGUUGCGGUCAACGCGGCGCUCAUGUGUGCGGGGAACAGGCGCAGCGAGAUGAACAAGGUGAAGCCGGUGAAGGGUCUUAGCUGGACAACUGGCGCCAUCAGCAACGCAGAGUGGGGUGGCGUCCUGCUGCGCGACGUGCUGCUGCACUGCGGAUUGGACACGGACAACAUCGACGACAAACACGUCAUACUGACGGGAGCGGACACGGACGCGACGGGCACGCAGUUCUCCACGUCUCUGCCGCUGCGCGACGCGCUCGACACCGUGCUGCUCGCCACGCACAUGAACGGCGCGCCGCUGCCGCCCGACCACGGCCGCCCGCUGCGCGCCGUCGCGCCCGGCGCGCCCGCCGUGCGCAGCGUCAAGUGGCUGCAAUCGAUCACGAUAUCGACCGAGGAGAGCUCGUCCCACUGGCACCAGAGAGACUAUCGAUCGUUCAACCCGUCGACGACGUGGGAGACGGCGGACUUCCCGACGGCUCCGCCCGUGUACAGCCUGCCCGUCACGUCCGCGAUCUGCGACCCGGAGGACGGCGAAACGGUCACCGUCAAAGACGGCCACAUAGAAGUCAGAGGCUACGCGUACUCGGGCGGCGGCGCGCGCGUGCUGCGCGUGGACGUGAGCGCGGACGGCGGCGCGAGCUGGCGCGCGGCGCGCCUGCGGCAGCACGCGGCGCCGCCCGCGCGCCACUACGCCUGGACGCUGUGGAGCGCGCGCCUGCCGCUCGCGGGCGCGCCCGCGCAGGUUGAAAUAUGGGUGAAGGCGACGGAUAGCAACUUCAAUACUCAACCGGAGAAGUUCGACGACAUCUGGAACAUUCGUGGGAUUCUCAGCAACGCGUACCAUAAGAUCAAAGUCAAUCUAAAAUAUUGAUAUUAUUGGUUAUCUAAUAACAUUAUUAUACUUUAAUGUUAACGGCGAUUAUUUAUGUUUUUUUAUAUAACU